AUGGUAUGGAAGGCUGCAGGGAUACCGAGUGACAGCUCUGCUCGUGGUAUAUCUUCCUUUUGUGGUGGCGGCUAUUUUUUCGCGGGGAAUGCGGAUGAUGAUUGCGGAGGUGGUGGGGUACAGCAAUAUGUUCUGGGAGAUAAUUGGGUGGUUAAAUGUGGCACAUUGAUGCCUCGUGCUGGCGCUAUGUCCGCGACUGGCUUUUCUACUUCGCCAAUGACUCCCUCUACCCUUCUCGUUCACCCUAGUGUUCUCCACUUUUCAGCUAAAUACCUGCCAUACCCGCCGAAAGCUAACCCUCCUAGGCUUCUUGCCCUCCUCAGCGCGGCAUACACCCCUUUCUACCAUCUCCCUCGGCAACCAACUAGCCCCCUCCCAUCCUACAACGGUGAAAUCCCCCUGCCGACCGAUUCGCGCUACACCGAUGAGCGACUCGACGACAAUGUCAACCCAGAAGACGAUUCAGACAUGCCACUACCAGCAGUUCCUCAACCUUAUUCCUAGAGUGCAGAUAUCGAAGCGCAAACGGGUGGAGGUCGUGGGCGGAUUCGUUAAGAUCAUUCGAGGAGAAGAGAGGAGAAGAGGGGUAGAGGUUUUUAGUACUCGGGUUAGGAAGCGUAAGAAACAUUGGAUAACUAGUGUGGGGUCUAUAAUGAUUCAAAGUCGCAUCCCCGUAUUACCCACCAGCCUCUAAUCAUGACCAGAUGUGUUGACGCCGCCUUUCUCAACCUA